AUGAGUGACUUCACCGUGCAUAGACACGAAAAAGCGAAUACCAUCGCCAUUACAACCAGGAACAGCUUGCUCGCGGAAAAAUUUCUCCAAAUCAGGGAAAUUCCUACCGAGCGACAAGGCCCACAAGAAGUGCAGCCCUACAAGGCACUAGGCUCCAACGAGGUGAGAGGUGUCAUCUACCUUCACUCUCCACAUGAAGAACCCGAAACUCUCGUAAAUGAACUUAGCUGCAACACACACAAGAUCAUCGCGGCCAGAGCCCUGGGCAUCAAGAAAAGGACCAUUCUAAUUACAUUCGAGGGACGAACGUUGCCCCGGCACGUUCGCUACGUUUUCGAAGUCUACAGGGUCGCAGAAUACAGACCAAGGCCGCUGGUUUGUUUCGGAUGUCACCAAAUUGGUCACAAGGCUGAUGUGUGCCCCAAUAACAUCCGGAGGUGCGGAUCAUGCGGACAAGAACACGGAGAGGUGGAGGAUUGCCAGGCUGCACCAAAGUGCGUCAACUGCAACGGAGCACACGUCGCCACAAGCAACGAGUGCCCUAAAAGGAAAAUUCCGCCGAGAAGCGACUCGCACCAGAAGCGACAAAAGAAGCCCGCACCGCGAGUUGACGAAGACCUCCAAGAUGAUAUAAUUGUUUUGACGCCGUCGCCUUUCCUGCCUUUGUCGGCUCGGCCGGACGUUUCAUGGGCAGAUAGAGUAAGAAUGAAUCAAGGAGCAUUCAACCCCGUACGUCCACGCCACCCUAUGGCUUCAACGACAGCCGCGGACAAGCAACAAUUGAGACUGGGGCAACAGAUUCCAGCAGAACAACCUGCAGACAUCCUACCGAGAGACCCCUCCGCUUGGGAAGCAAAGCUUUCUGCCAUGUGCCAAAAGGUUGAGGAAGGCCUGGCCUCUAUUCAAUCCAACACUAGAAGAAUUGAAAGAUUCGAGUAUCUAGCAACUGAGAUCCUCACCAGAAUGAAAUCCAUCGGGGAAAAAAUAGACAGAUACCCGGUACCCACCAAUGAAUGA